AUGUACGCGACCCUGACCGGCCGACCGUCAGUGCAGCUACAUGUAAGGUGCUCCACUCCGGCGCCUCGAUGCUCCCGCGACUCGGUGCUUCGCAGAGCUAGGGCUGACUUCUCCAAAAAGGAGAUGCUGAAGUUUGCCAUUCCAGCCCUGGGUAUUUCAAUUGCAGCACCCUUCAUGACGAACAUUGACAAUGCUUUCAUCGGCCGCCUAAGUGGCACGAAAGCACUUGCAGCAAUGAGCCCUGGCAGUGUGUUGUCAGAUUAUAUUUUAUAUCUAUUCAUUUUCUUGCCGCGAGCCACUACUGGCUUGGUGGCUCGCGCACUCCCUUCCGGCCGCCAAAGGGCGGCGAGAUGCUUGGGCACCGCGCUGAGUACCUCCUUGGUCUUGGGCUUCGGCCUCACGCUGUUGUAUCUUUUUGCUACACCCCUUCUCUUGAACCUCUUGGAUGUGGCGCCAGAGCUCAGGCCUGGUGCUGGCACCUAUGUGCGCAUCCGUGGUCUGGUGGCAUGGGCUGCCCUGAUGCAAUCUGUGGCGUUGAGUGGGCUCUUGGCAGCCAAAGAUAGUGUCACACCUCUGAAGGUGGUCCUCUUUGCGGCCUUUCUGAACCUCGUGGGCGAUUUCUUCCUCUGCUGUUGGCCCUUCCAGCUGGGAAUCUUCGGUGCGGCAGCUGCCACGGCGGUGUCGACGCUGAUGGGCUUUCAGAUGAUGUGGCAGGCCCUGAAGAGGAAUCACUUGAUGCCACCGAAGUUGUGCAUCCCCAGCCGGAAAGAUCUCGCCCCACUGCUGGAGUAUGCCAAGCCCUUGUCCGUGGUGAUCCUGUUCCGGUUCAUGAGCUUGACGCUGAUGGCGAAGACUGCGGGGACCAUGGGCACUGCUGUCACGGCGGCGUAUCAGGUUUUGGCCAAUGUUAUCGUGCUCUUUGGCCUCUUCGGGGAACCACUGUCCCAGACCGCCCAGACCAUGCUGCCGGGGUUGCUUGAUCGACCUUCACCCAAGGCGAGGAAACUGGUCAAGAACCUUUCGGUCGUGGCCAUCGGCAUCAGCGCCUCGGUGGGGCUCUUCUCGGCGCUGGUCUUGAAAGCUUCGGCCCAUCUCUUCACCACGGAUGCGGAGGUGCAAGGCAUUUUGCGCGGGACCACUAUGGUACCGGUGACCGUAGCGUCAUUGAUUUUGUCACAAGUAUGUGAUGGUGCGAUGCUAGCUGCCAGGGAGUUUCCCCUAGUCAUCAAGAUCACCGUAGGUGCGACCACCCUCCAGGCGGACCCGCAGGUGUUGGUAGAGGAACCCCAUGUGGAACUAGGACAAGCCCUGCACGUGAAUCGACGUCUUGAGAGGACGCUGCGGAUUUGCUGUUCAUUCAUCCCAUGGUGUGGAGACCGAGGUGUCAACCAGGCUGGAAGUUGCACUCUCCUGGACAAGGUCGUGCGUGAAAGUUCACAGCUUCCCAAGUUGGUCUAUGUGGGAAUCAACCCUUUAUUGCCGCCUCCUAUACGUGCAGCGCCCGACUUCAUUCAUCAUUGGAAGAACCACCAGCAGCUGAGUCAACAGGUGCUCGCAUCACAAUCUGAGGAGCCUGAAGCUUGGGCGGUUCGCUCCAUGAGCAGUCAUUUCUUGGCACAGUGUUCGUUGAGCCAGGCAGCUGCGAUGCUCCGAAAGGACUAUGUCUUGCUGCAGGUGGAACAUCUCUUUGCCGUCUUUGCCCAGAAGAGCAUCAAGGAGCUACAAUUGCAGGACUCGAUGGGCGGCGUGGCCGAGUUUGAGGCGUGGCGUCGAAGUUGGUUUUGCUCUCCUCUUUCACCGGUGCUUCUAUCUCUGGAACAGUUGGCUGGCACGGACGACCAGUGGCUCUCAAUUGGAGCAAUGACCCAGGAGGAUGCGCAGCAAGCUGCGGUGUCUCUCGGCUGCGACUUCCUCGAACGACAAGAACUUCUACCAGACCAGGUGCAUAUGAAGUGUGAGGUUUCCAGGCACUUGCCUCAGAGGGACGUGCCACCAUGGCAACAACGCCUGCGAGUCCAGUGGUCCUUGAAACAGCUGAUGUGUCCAGGUGUUGCUUUGCAACUGGCCCAAGAAGGUCACGGUCACUGCCCUGUGCAUGGUGGCAAUACAGAAUGCGAAUGCUUCGCGCCCUGGCGCGGAUUGCAUUGCAACAUCCUGGACGCCACAGAAGCCGCGCAGGCGCGCAACUAUUCGGCCGCGGUGCAGUACAUUGUGAAUGAGGACCCGAUUCAUCUUGCUGAAUUGCGACAUUCGCUGCGAAAUUUCUGGCGACGCUUCAACAAGAACUUCGACUACCCAGUGCAGGUUUUCCACGAUGGGUUGUCAGAUGAGACGCGAGCGAGCCUGGUACGUGCUUCGCCAAACCGGAUUUGGUUUCAUCAUUUGCCGGAGGACUUUUUGCCACCGGUGGAGAAGCUCCCACCGGAGCUGGUGGUGGAGGACGAAACUCGAACAGUUUCACAUCACACCUUCUCAGCCGGCUAUCGGGCCCAGUGCCGCUUUCGAGCAGGGCCUCUCUUUGAGCAUCCUGCAGUGGCCUCCCUGGAUUACUUGAUGUCCUUGGAUACAGACAGUAUGUUGCCUGCUGAGCUGGCGCGGGAUCCGUUUUUGGAGAUGCAUCAGAACAGCUCCAAAGUUCUAGGCUAUUCGAAGCUGGCAAUCAGUUCCAGCGCCUACGUACGAGGGCUAUGGGCUGCCGUCCUGCAGUACUUGGCCUAUGAAGGGAUCAACCUCACCGAGAGUCGGCAGAAAGCUCCCGGCGAAGCGAAACACUUUCUGCAGAGGUUCUUGCUUGACCAGAGCAAGGACACCUUGUUGGUGGCCUACAACUCCUUAGUGGCGAUGACCGACUUUGAAGUCCUGCGCGUGUCAUUCUUCAAGCCCGGCUCGGACUAUUUCCGCUUCUACCGGUUCAUUGAUGAAUUGGGUGGCUUCUGGCUCUACCGUUGGGGUGAUCACGCCAUCAGAGGCCUGGGUACCGCAAUUGCUCUGUUUCCACAUGAGGUGAAGCAGGCUUCCGACGGGCGGUUGGUAGCUUACGACCUUCAGGUGCCGUAUGCACACCAGGACACCUGCCUCUGCCAAGAUCCCAAACUUCGCUGUGCCGACAGGGGCAAGGCGGCCAGUGGUGAAGCCCUUUGGCCGGAAACGAAGAAGGUUUGGGAAUGCAUCCCCAAGACGUGA